AUGGAGGGUUGUGAUAGUACGAGGAAGCGAGUUCGCGAUGACUCGGAUUUUGCUGACUCGAACGACUCCAAGCGAGUUAUCCGACUCGACUCGGUUUCUUAUGAUGGUGACUCGUCCGAGUCGACUCUCUCACGUAUUAACUCGUUCGGCUCGUGUGUUGACUCGGACGGAUCUGAAACUGAAAUCUUUCGGGUUGAAUCGGAGCCUGACUCGUAUGAAGUUAACGAGAUGACAGAUGAGAUUCUGAACAUACUUGAUGAGACAGAUAAUGUGACGGAGCGUGAAGCCGCCGUCACCGCCGUUCAAGGACUCGACUCUGUUAUCAAGAGCUUCGAAGAUGAAAUAUUUGCCCCGGGUCAAGAUUUGGAUCCAAACCAAGUAGUAUCCGAGUCCAGUGAGUUCAACCCGAACCUAGGAUAUUUACUGGAAGCUUCAGAUGAUGAACUUGGUUUGCCACCGACGAUGGUGCAAACCGAGGAAAAAGGAUUUCCCGAAAUCAACGAUUCGGGUCGGGUUGGCCCGGACGGUGUUGAUUUGAGCGGGUUUUAUUGGUUUGAAGAAGAUAUUCGAAACAACGAACCUUUUGGGUUGAUGGGUUAUGAUAACGUUGGCGACGAGAACGACGGUGGCUAUGUGACGAUUGAUGGACUGUUUGAUUAUGGUGAACCUACUGAUAUUUUGUGGCGGUCGGAGUCGUUGCAGGCUAUGUAG